AUGGAACAUUCCCGGAACGGGCCAACGUUCCACCCACUUCAGGGAACAGACAUAAAGGCGCAGACCCAGCUCCCCACAGUGCACAGCCCAAACACACAUGUCCCUUCCCGGUCCCUGGGCAGACGCACAGAGGAACACGCAUGCAAACCGCCCCCACCCGUCUCCGCGCGCCCCCGGCCAGCCCGCCGCGCGGGGAGUCGCUCUGCGGCCGGUGCACCCGCAAGCCGAGGGCGCCUCCGCCUGAACCUUCCAUCGAGUCAGUCCCCUCCUUCCUCGCUUCCUUCCUUCUCUCGUUCCUUCCUUCCUUCCUCGCUUGGGAGGAGAAAGGAGUCGCCGAAAUGCCAACAGCCGGCUCCUGCGCUGCGCACGCUCGGCCGCAGGCCGGCGGCCCGGCCCUCGCGCCGCCCGGCCGCCCGCCCCCGGCCAGCGCCGCGCGGCCCCCUCCCCCGCUACCUGAAGACUGGCGGCCGGCGGCCGCGGCAGCCGCAGCGGUGGCCCGGCGGUGCACGCCGGUGCACGUCCCUCAUUAGUAACCAGGCACAUUCCUGCCUCCAGCGCUCCCGCGCCGCCCCCUCCCCCCCCCCCAGGACCUUACGCAAAGCAGCGUCCCCUCAUCUGCAUAGCUCCUCGGCCAGGGUAUUCCCCGCAUUUCCCAACGCGCCGGACCCCCCCUCCCGAGGUCUCCCCCAUCCCCGCCCCCUCCGACCCUCACCCUCUGGACGCCCGCCCGAAGCCGGGGGCGCGCGGCGGGAGGGGCCGUGGGGUCCGGCGGAGGCGAUUUCGUGUAAAGUGAAACGAGCUCCUAAUGCUAAAGGAGACAGGAAAAACACCGCGCCGAGGCCACUUACCGAGCCGAGGAACCUAGAUUCCCGCCGCUCCGCUCGCCCGAAUGGUCUGUCCGCCCUCCGCGCACCCCAAGGCUGCACCCAGCACCCCAAAGUCGAGACGUGUAGGAAUAUGGUUAACUGGCCGGGAGACCCUCCAAGUUGCUCCGGGCUCCCGGGAGCUUCAACGUCCAGGACACAACUUGGCCAAGACUUGUGCCACAGUCACCGAAGAUGUUCCUGUGGAGACCCUCCUCCGGCGGGGAGAGACAGCGCUCGGCGGCGCCCCGCUCGCCUCCUCUCCACCCCCUCACCUCCAGCCCGCCUCCCGCCGGCCGCCAGCCUCCGGGCCGCGAGCCCCUCGGGCGGCUGUCAGCUCCCGGCCGCCGCCGGGUGA